AUGAUACAGUCGACGUGGUUUUUCUUAACCAUAAGAUACCAGGUGAUAGCUAAUUGGGAGAUUAAAUCGGAAGUUCUCAAUGUACUUCGUUUCCCUCUCCAAGGGAGUGUCCGUAUGCAGAUGACCGGUCUUAUCUCCGAAAUCGCCAUGACGAAUUCUGCCCCUGAUGAUGUGGAAGUAAGCCAUUGUGUUGCUCGUAUCCGUGAUCUACGAAUGAACAUUCGAGGAGGAGUGGCUGCUGAAGUUAUUCAGUGGUUUAGAGCAAGUCUUACCAGCGCCAUGCGAAGAAAGUUAGAAGAGCAAUACUGCGCCGUCAUGGAGAAAGCUUGGAUACAGUGGGUAGAGGCGCAAAUAUCGCAGUUUUCGCCGAAUCUCACGCUCAGCACCAGUCCUGAGGUCAUUCUGUCUCAAUCGUUGGAAUCCAUCCAUUUUUCAAAAAUGAAUGUGGAUUUGCGUAUGCGCAGCGACUUAAUUUGGAACGGUGAAUUAGUGGAAGGCGAGAUGAUUCUUAACCAGUCCGAGUACGAUGAGGUAGCUCAGUCGCCAUCGAACCGAAUGAUCACAGUACUUAUUGAAGAAGAAACAGUUCAGAGUGCGCUGGCAGCCACUCACUACUCAGGACAUUUCGUCGCAACUGUCGACAGCCCUUUCUUGCAUACUUAUUGCGACAUCCUAUGCAUUGGUACAGUACUGCCAGAAAUAGCUGAUGCAAUGCCAAACUCUUCAUUCACAGUUCAGGCCUCAACACUCAACCCUCCAAUGAUCACAUUACAAAAGGGAAACACCCUCGUUUUUGUCAAUGCUUCCCUGGACGUGAUCUCAAAGUCAACGUCACAACCGUUCAACGGAACAAUUAUCAGCAUAAAUGUCGAAACCGAGCUUGAACUAAAAAUAGAUAUCCAAGAUGAUAUGGUGAGAUGCACUUCCAGCAUGCUCAACGCGCAAGCUAAACUUACGAAUAGCAAGAUUGGAUUGAUGUCGCAAAAGACUAUCGAUCUACUUGUGGAUAUGUCAACUCCAUUCUUGGAAGACGCAGUGGACUUGUUGAUUAGUCGCGGUGUACCUAUCACGAAACUCUUCCAGUUUCCAUCCACAAAUGAGAUACUAACCAUUGAGGAAAGAUUCAUUAAACUUGAAGCUGACAUUGAUUUCCCUACUGUUCUUCAGCACACAGUAGCUCAGUUGUAG